AACUUAGUAAGUGUAUUUCUGUGAACCACAUUAACAUUUUCAUACAAAACUAGAAAGAAACAAUAAAUUUUGGGGUUUCUCCUGAAUUAGAACUGAAACUGAAAUUUUUUUUUCAUCAAACAUGUGGGGGUAUCUUUGGGUAGGUCAAAACUGAUAUUGAAGUUUUUAAUAUACAUUUUUCUAAACUGAAUAGUUCAGCGCGAGACACACUUUCAAAGUGGUAAAAUAUGUUAACCGUAACAUCUAAAAUAAGAGAAUAAUUAACUAAAAAAAAUAUAUGUACAUUACCAUGCAAACUUCCACUGAAAAUUGAGAUCUAGUCUGUAUAUUUUUUAAUACGUCAUAAAUCGUAUUAUCAAUAACUUAAUUGAAAGAAAAAUACACUAUUAUUAAAACAUCGAACAAAGGUACAACUGCACUUCUUCUUAUACUUGAUUGGCAAACAGCUGGCUCAAACACAAUACUUAAAAACUCCAAACAGUAGAACUCAACAACUAUAAAACCUCAAGUGCAUUCAUGUUUGAAUUGGCAUAAAAACUUAAUAAAAAUAUUUCAAAUCUAGUUGGUUGCCUCAUUUUUUAGCAAUGUUUAACUUUUUUUAUCAUGGCAUUUACAAAAUUAUUUUCUAGUGCAAGAUUAUUGUCUUUAGAAACAUAUUUACAAAGAACUAUUAGAGGAUGCUGCCAUACAGCCAAGGAAACAGCCACUAAUGCCAAGAGUGAAGAUGUUACCAGCUCUGGAGGACAAAAGAAAGGCUUGGUGCUGGGCGUGUAUGAGGACAACAAACGGCUGACUCUCACAGCAGCGGCAGAAGAACUGAACCAGAAGAGUGGUGGGAAACUGGACAAGCACCUCAAUGAGUUAUCUGGCGAGCUGAAGCUGGGCAAGGCGUUUGUGGUGACCGACGUGCCGGAGUACAGUGCCGUCGCGCUGGCUGGCAUAGGUCGCUGUGACGCCGCCUACAACAAACUGGAGGAGCUGGACGAGGCUCAGGAGAACGUCCGGCAGGGGGUAGGCGCGGCCGUGCUAGCGCUGCGUGACCGCGGGUCUCUCGACAUUGCCGUGGAUGGGGGUGCACACCCGCGCGCCGCCGCAGAAGCUGCGCAUCUCGCUGCUUGGAAUUUCCAGGAGUUCAAAUCAUCUGAAAAUCGGAAAGAAGACGCCAAGUUAUCACUGCACGGUACGGCGGGCAGCGAGCAGUGGGAGUUGGGCUCGAUUCUGGGACGGGCGCAGAACUGGGCUCGCUACCUGUCCGACAUGCCCGCAAACAAGAUGACGCCUACGGAUGUAGCGCAGGCCGCAUUAGACGUGUUGUGUCCUUUAGGCGUACGCGUCUCAGUCCGCGACAGGCACUGGAUAGAGGCCCAGAAGAUGGAGGCCUUCCUGGCAGUUGCCCGGGGCUCGUGUGAAGCCCCCGUGUUCAUAGAAUGCCAGUAUAAUGCCGGCUCAUCGACGGCUCCGGUUCUCUUAGCUGCAAAGGGAAUUGCAUUCGACUGUGGUGGGCUGUGUCUCAAGGCUGCGAGCGAGAUGUCAGAGAACCGCGGCAGCAUGGCAGGAGCCGCCGCAGUACUGGGAGCUAUGUACGCUGUCGCGCUCGCCAAGGCGCCGCUGAACGUGAACGCGGUGAUCCCCGUGUGCGAGAACAUGGUGAGCGGACAGUGCAUGAAGGUGGGCGACGUGGUAACUGCGCUCAACGGACUCACAAUACAGAUAGAAGACACAGACAUGGAGGGUCGGCUGAUUCUGGCAGACGCGUUGGUCUACGGCCAGGUCAUGUACAAACCCUCGCUGGUUAUCGACGUGGCCACUCUUACGCAUGGCAUCCUGCUGGCAACGGGUGGAGGCGCGUUCGGUUGCUUCAGCAACAGCGAGGCAUUGUGGCGAGCACUGCAGCAUGCAGGCUCGCUCACGGGCGACCGCGGCUGGCGGUUCCCGUUGUGGCACUACUACCGCCAACACAUACACAGUGACCCAGCGGUUGACAUCUUGAACAGAGGAUCUGGCAACUCCACGCCCUGCAUCGGAGCUGCGUUCUUACAGAACUUCAUAUGCGGUGACUGGCUGCAUCUGGAUAUCACAGGCGUGGGAAAACUGUCGCACUCCCCGGCGCCCACCUACCUGCACCCUCACCGCAUGACCGGUCGACCUACCCGCACUUUGGCUACAUUCUUGAUGAACUCUACGACGGAUGAACAACAACCGCCAGUCAACGCUUGACCACGGCGCCGUUCACAGGUCAACUGCGUCCAUCAAAUAAACACUGUGCUAAUAAAUGAAUCAUUCUGUUCUUA